CCCGGGUCCGCGGUCGCCCCGGUUUCGGUGUUCCCGGCGAGGCGCUGCUCCGCGCUGUAGCCGCGGAUGCUUGCGCGGCAGAGAGUCACUAGGCUUGAGGCCGCCGCGGACUCGCUGCCAACUCCGCUCACGGCUGUUACGCUGAAGAGUUGUGAGCACUGAAAUUGACUACUGAGCAUGCUUAUAAAUAUACAGAAAUGAGUGGCGGCUUGGCUCCAAGUAAGAGCACGGUUUAUGUAUCCAACUUGCCCUUCUCCCUGACAAACAAUGAUUUAUAUCGGAUAUUUUCCAAGUAUGGCAAAGUUGUGAAGGUUACUAUAAUGAAAGACAAAGACACAAGGAGGAGUAAAGGUGUUGCAUUUAUUUUGUUUUUGGAUAAAGACUCUGCCUUAAACUGCACCAGAGCGAUAAAUAACAAACAGUUAUUCGGUAGAGUGAUAAAGGCAAGCAUCGCUAUUGACAAUGGAAGAGCAGCUGAGUUCAUCCGAAGGCGAAACUACUUCGAUAAAUCUAAGUGUUAUGAGUGUGGGGAAAGUGGACACCUAAGUUAUGCCUGUCCUAAAAACAUGCUUGGAGAACGUGAGCCUCCAAAGAAGAAGGAGAAGAAGAAGAAGAAGAAAGUCCCUGAACCAGAAGAGGAGGUUGAAGAAGUAGAAGUGAGUGAAGAAGAAGGGGAGGAUCCGGCUCUGGACAGUCUCAGUCAAGCCAUAGCAUUCCAGCAAGCCAAAAUUGAAGAGGAACAAAACAAAUGGAGACCCAGUCCAGGGGGUCCCUCAACCUCAGAUGAUUCUAGACGACCAAGGAUAAAGAAAAGUGCAUAUUUCAGUGAUGAAGAAGAACUUAGUGAUUAAAAUUGUAUUUAUUUUGUAAAUAUUAUUCAAAUAAAAUCUUACUGUACAAAAUGCA